AUGAGUAGCGCCAAUGGACAGACGAUCACCGUAUGUGGCAAUGUUUUUCGCUUGGUCGAAACGAUUGGACGAGGCUCCUACGGCACCGUCCACAAGGCCAUCAAUUUGUCGUCUGGAGCAGCUGUAGCCGUCAAAAUGAUUGGGAAGGACAAAUUACGACGGCCACAUGAACGUCAAAGCAUUGAAAAAGAAAUUGAGACCAUGCGCGUAGCUGUGGAGCAAUUUGAAAAUGGUCACCCACAUAUUGUACGGCUGCUGUGCACCAAAGAGUCACAGCAUCACAUUUUUAUCGUGCAGGAAUAUUGUGCUGGUGGAGAUAUUGCACAACUGAUGAAGUUAAACAACGGACUGGUGGAGGAGCAGGCUCGGCUGUAUAUGUCGCAAUUAGCGUCGGGGUUGCAGUUUCUUCGCUCGCAGAAUGUGGUGCAUCGUGAUUUGAAACCUGCCAACUUGCUGCUUUCGUCACGAAACAUGGCAACGGCCAAGUUAAAAAUUGCGGACUUUGGUUUUGCGCGAGAGUUGGAGUCCGAGAUGAUGGCUGAGAGUGUUGUGGGCUCGCCGCUAUACAUGGCGCCGGAGCUACUGGAGUACAAGGGUUAUGAUGCUAAAGCAGAUUUGUGGUCAGUUGGCAUCAUCUUGUACGAGAUGAUUGCUAACGAACACCCGUUUCUUGUGGUGAACAAAUGCCACGCGACUAACCACUUGGCACUGCGGCGGAACAUCUAUCGAUACUUUGAGCAUUAUGGCCACGUUCGACUUCCGAAAAAGGUCACAGUAUCUCCCGAGUGUGAACAGUUUGUGGAAGCGCUGUUGCGGGUCGAUCCGCGCAAGCGAAUGUCGUUUGAUGACUUCUUCCGCGCGCCAUUCUUGUUACCACCAGUUCCGGCAGAUGCUGAUGCAGACACAGAUACUGCAGAUUUGGACAGCUCCGAGACAAAGCAACCACUUGUUGCCGGAAACCAGCCCGAAUACGAGGACUGGGCGACCUGUAGCGACGAAUACGUGAUGGUGGAGAAUGAGUAUGAGGACGUUGGUCGGAAGGUUCUUGACGGUCAGGAUCUGAACGUGAAUCUAGAUGAAAAGGUGCAACACCACACGAAAGAGCAUGCACCAGACGCCGAUGCAGACACCGCCAUAGUGGAUGGAAGCGUUGAGAUUAGGGAUAUCGUGGUCGAUACGUCAUCUCCCCGAAACAGGACACCUGAAUCCGUGAUAGCGCCGGUGUCGAUUGAGAUCGACGAGGAUACUAAAAUGCCGGUACGCGAAGUAAUCCCUGCAGCUAAGAAUGAUAAUUGGUUGGUUGGCGAGCGCCGUCAGUGGGUGACCGACGAUAACCGUCUCGAGGAAUUGCUGGGUAUUUGCUAUAAGAGUUUCUCAUGUGGUAGCGUGGCACUCUUCGUACCUACACCUUUUGGCGAUUACAUCGCAUUCCACGAAGGAUGCCCUCACUACUAUUUGUCGGACGAAUCUAUUGCAGCAUCUAAGAAAGACGACAGAAACCCUCCGUAUGUUCUUGGACACAUCAUCUACAUCGAAGACCAUGAAACUACGGAUAAAUUGAACCCGUUUUGCCUUCGUGAAGGAACCAAGUAUCACGUGGUAUCGGUAACACCUUUAGCAACGUCAUCUCAUGAUGCAAACGGCAGCAUUGGGACCGCGAAUAAUUCGUCCGUAUCAGAUGAGCUACCGCUCUCCCAGGUCCUGACUGGUCGUACAGUGGCAAGUGAUGCCGAAGAAAGCGAAACUGUUGGUGAAUUGCCGUCUGUAGAAGCCACUCAUGGCCCAAUCGAGCAUCAGCGGAUAUCAUUCCGUAGCUUUCAAAUCAGUUCAUUGGCGUUGUUUUUCCUGAAGGGGGGAAAACUACCGUAUGUGGCUUUUAACGAGGGAGCUCCACACUAUUAUCUAGCAAACGAGUCGAUCCAGGCAGCGAUUUUGGGUGUGGGCAGUGAUCGAACACCACCCGCUUACAUUUGUGGUGAGAUCAUUUUCAUUGAUACUUUUCAUGCGAUUGAGGAUUUUAACCCGUAUCGUCUACCGUAUGGAACUCGAUUUCAUGUUGUCACAGUUGCAAACCCCAAGAGAACGUAG